GGGAGAGCAGCUCCGCCUCGCAGCCAACCCCUCGCUGCCCGCCGUGCUCGGCCAUUGGAGAGGCGCGCUGUCCGUCUCGCUCCGCCACCGCCCGGCAAACCUCCAGCCGGGAGGAGAGCUCGGGCGGUGAGAGCGGCGCGGCGCUGGGUACUGCCGGGUGUCGCUGAGACGCCGAGCGGACGCGGCCGGCGCCGGGUGGGAGGGCUCGCUGCCUGCAGCCAUGACCCUCGCAGUCUGUCCCUCGGCUCCGACCCGGGGCAUCUAAUACCCUUCACAGCCGCACGCAGCUGCGGGGGAGCCGGCCGCUGCCCCCUCGUCGCCCUCGGCGCUUUAUCACACUCCCAUCCCCGGAUCUAGAAGGCAGCGCGGCAGCCGGCGCCCCCGUGCAAACUGGGGGUGUCUGCCGGAGCAGCCCCCGCCUCCGCCGCCGCCGCCGCUGCCCCGGGCUCUGGCCAUGGCCUGGAGGGGCACGGGGCCGAGUGUCCCGGGGGCGCCCGGGGGUGCUGGGCUCAGUCUGUGGCUACUGCUGCCGCUGCUGCUGCUCCUGCGGCCAGCACGGGGCUUCGGGGACGAGGAGGAGCGGCGCUGCGACCCCAUCCGCAUCUCCAUGUGCCAGAACCUCGGCUACAACGUGACCAAGAUGCCCAACCUGGUGGGGCACGAGCUGCAGACCGACGCCGAGCUGCAGCUGACAACCUUCACGCCGCUCAUCCAGUACGGUUGCUCCAGCCAGCUGCAGUUCUUCCUUUGUUCGGUUUAUGUGCCAAUGUGCACAGAGAAGAUCAACAUCCCCAUUGGCCCUUGCGGUGGCAUGUGUCUUUCAGUCAAGAGACGCUGUGAACCCGUCCUGAAGGAAUUUGGAUUUGCCUGGCCAGAGAGCCUAAACUGCAGCAAAUUCCCUCCCCAGAAUGACCACAACCACAUGUGCAUGGAAGGGCCGGGUGAUGAAGAGGUGCCCUUACCUCAUAAAACUCCCGUCCAGCCUGGGGAAGAGUGUCACUCCUUGGGAACCAAUUCUGAUCAGUACAUCUGGGUGAAAAGGAGCCUGAACUGUGUUCUCAAGUGUGGCUAUGACGCUGGCUUAUACAGCCGCUCUGCCAAGGAGUUCACCGAUAUCUGGAUGGCCGUGUGGGCCAGCCUGUGCUUCAUCUCCACUGCCUUCACAGUGCUGACCUUCCUGAUCGAUUCCUCCAGGUUUUCCUACCCGGAGCGUCCCAUCAUAUUUCUCAGUAUGUGCUAUAAUAUUUAUAGCAUUGCUUAUAUUGUGAGACUGACUGUAGGCCGGGAAAGGAUAUCCUGCGAUUUUGAAGAGGCAGCAGAACCCGUCCUCAUCCAAGAAGGACUUAAGAACACAGGAUGUGCAAUAAUUUUCUUGCUGAUGUACUUUUUUGGAAUGGCUAGCUCCAUCUGGUGGGUUAUUCUGACACUCACUUGGUUUUUGGCAGCGGGACUCAAAUGGGGUCAUGAAGCCAUUGAAAUGCACAGCUCUUACUUCCACAUUGCAGCUUGGGCCAUCCCUGCUGUGAAAACCAUUGUCAUCCUGAUUAUGAGACUGGUGGAUGCGGAUGAACUAACUGGCCUGUGCUAUGUUGGAAACCAAAACCUGGAUGCCCUCACUGGCUUUGUAGUGGCUCCCCUCUUCACUUAUUUGGUGAUUGGAACUUUAUUCAUUGCUGCAGGUUUGGUAGCCUUGUUUAAAAUUCGGUCGAAUCUUCAGAAGGAUGGGACAAAGACUGACAAGUUGGAAAGGCUGAUGGUCAAAAUUGGAGUCUUCUCAGUACUGUACACGGUUCCUGCAACCUGUGUGAUUGCCUGUUAUUUCUAUGAAAUCUCCAACUGGGCACUCUUCCGGUAUUCUUCAGAUGACUCCAAUAUGGCGGUUGAAAUGUUAAAAAUUUUUAUGUCUUUGCUGGUAGGCAUCACUUCAGGCAUGUGGAUUUGGUCUGCCAAAACUCUUCACACGUGGCAGAAGUGUUCCAACAGAUUGGUGAAUUCUGGGAAGGUCAAGAGAGAGAAGAGAGGAAAUGGUUGGGUAAAGCCUGGGAAAGGCAAUGAAACUGUGGUAUAAGGAUAGCCAGCCUCCAUACUUUCAUUUUGAUUGGGGGAAUGUCAGCAUUUCGGUGGAAAUGCUGCUGAAAGUUUUAUGCAGUAAAUCUCAGUUUGAACAAACAAGCAACACUUAAGUGGCCCCCAUCACUCCCCCCUCCCCAGCAUCAAAAAACCAGUGAUUUUGCUGAAGACUUUGGAAUGAUCCAAAAUGGAAAAGCCAGUUAGAGGCUUUCAAAGCUGUGAAAAGUCAAAACAUCGAUCACUUUAGCAAGUUGCAGCUUGGAGCAUGGAGGUCCUGCCCAGCUGCCAGGAAGUCCAGGGCCAUGCUGCUUUACCCUGCAGGGUGGGAUUUGAGCUGUGAGUAGAUAACUUGCAGGGAGAAAGAUUAACUUUUUUAACCCUUUUCAAUUUAAAUACUAACUGGGUCUUUCAAAUAGCAAAGCAAUCUAUAAACACUGGAAACGCCAGGUUCAGAGAAGUGUUACAAGAGUUUUAUAGUUUGGCCGACCUAACAUAAACAUUUUCUGUGGUGCACCGUCUGCUGUUUAGAACUUAGUGGAUUGCACUCCCAAGAGGUGGUGUCAGAAUCUUUCAGUGCCUUUUGUCAUAAAACAGAAUUGUUUGAGCAAACAAAAGUGCUGUACAAACACAUGUAAGGUAUCCAGUGGAUUUUUCUUCUCUCUCUCCCUCUCUUGUUUCACUACCUCUGUUCUGGGCUGCUGCUGUUUUCUUCAUUUUACAUUACUGACUCAAAAAGUGUAUUUUUAUAGAAAUUUUUGCAUUGCAGCAUGCCUAAUAAGGGGGAAAUGAAAGGUGAUUCACUUUCUGACAAUCACUUAAUUCAGAGAAAAAUGAGAUUUACCAAGUCUACUUACCUUACCGACCCCAGAGACCUAUUGCACUGAGCAAUUGGGACUUAAUAGAUUUUACUUUGUGUGAUUGCAUCUAUGCAGACGCCAGUCUGGAAGAGCUAAAAUGUUAAAUUUCUUGGCAACUUUGCAUUCACACAGAUUAACUGUGUAAUAUGUGUGUGUCAGUUACAAUUAAAAGCACAUUCUUGGACCAUGACAUAGUAUACUCACUGAUUUUAAAACUAUGGUCAACUUGCAUUUUCGGAAUGAUAGUGCCUUUUUUUUUCUUUAGCAUAAGAAUGUUAUCAGGGUCUGGUCUAUUUACAAAAGUGGAGACUUUUUCAAUUUUGUAAAGGUAACUAAGGACAGCUAAUCCAACUACUUAGUGCAUAAUUGUUUCCUAGUAAUUGGCAAAGGCUCCUUAUAAGAUUUCCUUGGAGGCAGUGUGGCCUGGAGUAUUUAUAUGGUGCUUAAUGAAUCUCCAGAAUGCCAGCCAGGAGCUUGAUUGGUUAGCAGGGAAUAAAGUGUAGACCAUAUGAAAUGAGCUGCAAACUCUUAAUAGCACAGUCUUAAUUGCCUUUUGUGGAGGUAUCCAAAGCUUUUAAAAUUUUUGCUUUAUGUUCAUCACAAGGGGGUACCCCUAGCAGCCUCUCCAAAGUUGCAAUUCUUUUAGAGCUGUAACUGGCCUUCUGAUCUCCAGAUCUCUGGGGCAAAUUGUUGACAGUGUCACAGGUUGCUCUCCUUGUAACUCAUAUUUGUCUUUGCUUCACCUCCUGCUUUGCAAUGACUCGUUUAUUUAUUCAUACUUUUUUUUUUUAACAGGUAGGAAAACUCUCUUCUACUAUACUUCUUUAUGGAGAAACAUUGCCAGGGGCUCAGAAUUCCAAUUGGUCAAAUUCUGGAGACAGACUUGUCUGUUUUUUUUGGUUUGAGCUUUAUGCCUACAGUUUAACACUUUCUUCUUUCCUCUUUCUGUUUGUGUGGUUCUUGAGCUGUCUUAAAUGAAGAUGCAUAUAAGAUGUUGUGUGUUUUGGAAGGGAAAGUCUUGGGGCUUUUGAGACAAGCCAAGUGGUAUUGCAUGACCCUGCUGCUGUGGGCAUUGCCUGAGUACCUUGGCUGUAUUUAGGGUCAGGGCUUCAGGAGCAUGAGAAAUGACCCUAGAAGGGUCAGUUAAACUCCAUCUGAGACUACAUUGCCUAUGAAAUGUAAAAUGUGAACUCCCCGUGCUGCUUGCAGCCAGUUCCCAUAACGUUCAGGGUCCUGGAGCAUGCACCCGGGGGCAGAGCUUGCCCUUACUCACGCUCCGCUCUAGCGUCUUGGGAGUUUUGCAGAGACUCAAGCCCAGGAAAGGGGAGGACCAUGCAAUGGGAGUGGCCUCCUGUUAGAGUAUAGGAGUUCAUCAUGCCAUUUCCUUUGUAAUGUUUCCGUGAGGGUGUGACCAAAGCAGCACCUAGCAGAGGGCCAGGGGCAGAGUAGGUGCUCAAUUUUUGUGAAUGAUUAAACAUUAAAAAAAAAAAAAGUGCUUAUAAAAAAAAGAGCAAUUGGAUUAACCUGGACACCUGAGUUCUGGAGCUAGUGGGCUGACAAUUUUCUGGAUUUUAACUAGUCUGUUCCAUAAAUCUCUGGCCUCCCCUGGGGAAAGUGCAUUUGAUCAGAAGUGGCUGUCAGUGCAGACUGGAUUAGUAGCCUUAGCAAUGUCACCGGGUUAUAGGCCUUUCCGUUCACAUUCCAGACAAUGGAGAGUGUUUACGGUUUCAGGAAAGGAACUUUGUGGCUAAGGAGUCAGUUACCAAUUUACUACCAAGUGACUCCAUCACCUCUUCAAUUGGUAUUUGUUUUUAAAAAAAAAGUCAGUUGCCAGCACAUUUAUUGAGUGCCGACUGUGUGUAAAGCCCCGUGCCAGGCACUGCAGGGGGUGUCAUGGAGGAUAGGCCUUUCAGUUCAGCAGUGACAGCUCUAUUCUAACUGUCCUAGGCUGGGAUGCUUCUGGGUCUGCUCAGCUUUGCUGUUGGUCUUGUGCAGGAGCAGGGACCUCUGGAAUUCCCAUCUGUUACACUUGUCUCCAUCCCAUUAACUACUUCUUCCUAGGUCCCUCUACUGUUAACUUGUUUCUCACCCCUUCUCAGGCUUCUUUCCAAAUCAAUUAUAGGAGUUUUGAUGGAAAGCAUCAGCUCUGUUUCAUGACAAUCUCUGUGGAAAUCCCCUAGUAAGACUAUGAAAAUAGACUAAAUAAACAUGAGCUCCUACAUCUAAUAUGGCUUUGGGGGCAAAGAAAUUCACAGCUUGGUGUGUUCCAUGUGACUUGUGCAGGUAAAUUGAGGACAGUGUCUUGCUUGGGAAGAGGUCAAGGUUGCUUUUCUUUCUCUGAAAUCUGGAAUAAGUAGAUAUGUUUGUAGCUGUCUACAAAAAUCCCUUGACCACCAGAGAUUUUUGGUAAAUGGGGCUUAAAGGCAGCUCUAUCCAACCUUCUCUCUGGUAGACUCCUUUCUCCUGCUUGGUAAAGGCCAAACCUCAGGGCAGAGGGACAUGGGGAAGUGUGGAACUGGCCAGAACCAUCAGGUUGAACUACUUAGUUGAUUCAUAUCCUUUUUCCUUUAUGGAGGCCCAUUUCCUGAUCCCUGAGACUGCUUCUGAGCUGGCAGCUUGCUCAGGGGCCUGAAACUGGAGAAGAGGUGACACGUUUUUAUUUCCCCCGAGAAGCUCUCUGACUUUCCCUUCCCGGAUCACUCCCUCACCUAUACUUCCCAAACCCAGCAUGUGGGGAAUUUCUGUAUCCAGGUUCUGAAUUGUGAUUCUACCCAGCACCCCCAGCUCUGUAAGCUCUGGCCUCAUCAGCCUCCUGGUCACUGAAUUAAGUGAUUAUUGUGUUGAGAAUCAAGCUGGGACCUGAGACAAAGGUGAACUCAGCCUCAUCCCCAAGGUACAGAUUCAAUUUAAAGGGAUUUCCUCAAGAUGGUGCAGUGUUUAGCUUCCAAUGGGGUGGCCACAGCAGCAGUUAGGAAAGAGUGGCCAUAAGGCACAGAUUUUAGAAGGAUGUCCUCAGGGUUGAUCCACAUCCUUAAUUUGGUUCUGAGGUGGAGGGAACUGGUGACAGUCACUAGUCCAGCCAAUUAUGUCAGGUCACUGGGCUCUGACAAUUUUUUUGUUCCUUUAUUAUAUUUGAGUUCAAAGUCCCAGUCUGGGUCUGUUUUAUGUCUGGCAAAGGGCCUGGGUUAUCAUUUUCCCUCCUGGGCUAGGUUGCACAUCUUGGAAACUCUAAAGAAAGCAUUCGCUCCUACCAAAGAUCAGAUACUAGAGACUUAAAUGAUGGAUUUUGUUUCAGUGCAGCCUGGUUAGAGCUCUCUGCUGCUGCCUCUGUUGUGUGCAUGUGCAGUACUGGCACACUUGACAGUAGAGAGAAGUGAAUCAAGGAUCCCCUGACAUGCCUCUUCCGCUUGGUAAGCCCAAUUGCCCUGAGAGUAGCCUGUUUCUAUUUCUGACUUACCUUAUUUCUCUUUUUUUUUGAAUUAGCAAAUUCCAUGUAUUCACCUAGGCUAUUUGUUGAGGGCCUGUUUGGGGUCCUGAAGGAGCCAUGUCCUUAAUGCUCUUGUACCUCCUUGAUCUCCUGCAACAUUCAGUACAUGACCACUGUCAUCCCAGAAGGCUUCUGAGAACAGGGGCAAGAGCAGCUCUGCCCCCUGAAGGCUGGGUCCAUCCUCUCUCUCAGGUUGUGAAAGUUCCCAAGUCCUGCUAACGGACUCUGGCCGUAACUUGGCUGUGAACUUUUGGGAGAGGUAAGCUGCUUUCUCUGUCUCUCCCAGUGGAGCAUGGGGGUGGUUCUGAAUUUUGUCCUACCUCACAGGGAUGUUGUGAGGCUUUAAGAGGUGUAAGGAUCAAGGCCCCUUGUGCUCUUUGUAAGAAGGUAGGGUAAGGAUCUCAUGCAAUCUGUGAAAAUUUAAAAUGUGACUCAGCCUGCUCUGUGCAGCACCCAAGCUGGUUAGUUGCUCUGUGGCCUUUUCUGUAUCCUUAUGGCACCCGACAGCUCCAGCCACCUGAGGCCAACCCGGGGGACUUUCAGAUAUUCAACAUGAGGUACCAGGCAAACUCCUGCUCCACAUGUCCUGAAUGAAUGGCUGACUUCAAAGGAAAUGGACCCUGCUUUUAAGGAUGUACAAAAGUAUGUCUGCAUUGAUGUCUGUACUGUAAAUUUCUAAUUUAUCGCUGUACAAAAAAUAAACUUUGCUAUUUAAUUUUUGUAUCAAAGGAAAAUAAAAUUUUGUUUAUAAGUGG